CGGCUAGGAAGUGACGUUUUGCAUCACUUCCUCUAAGCUCGGCUCCUGGGAGGUGGGUCCCACGCGGAGUCAACAUGAGGAUCGAGAAAUGUUAUUUCUGUUCCGGGCCGAUCUACCCUGGCCACGGCAUGAUGUUCGUCCGCAACGAUUGCAAGGUGUUCCGAUUCUGCAAAUCCAAGUGUCAUAAAAACUUUAAGAAGAAGAGGAACCCACGCAAGGUCAGGUGGACUAAAGCCUUCCGGAAGGCAGCUGGCAAGGAGCUCACGGUGGACAACUCGUUUGAAUUUGAAAAACGUAGAAAUGAACCUGUGAAAUACCAGCGAGAGCUAUGGAGUAAAACUAUUGAUGCAAUGAAGAGAGUUGAAGAGAUUAAACAGAAGCGCCAGGCUAAGUUUAUAAUGAACAGGUUGAAGAAAAACAAAGAGCUGCAGAAAGUUCAGGACAUCAAAGAAGUCAAGCAGAACAUCCACCUUAUCCGGGCUCCUCUUGCAGGCAAAGGAAAGCAGCUGGAGGAAAAAAUGGUGCAGCAGUUACAGGAGGAUGUGGACAUGGAGGAUACUUCCUAAUGGAGCCGCCUGAAACCAGCCCUGGGCACACUGGAAAUCAGUGUAGACUGUUGAUCCCUAAGUUAUUGAUUGGUUUCAUAAGGUCCCUCAGACAAAGGGGAUGUACAUGUUUCCGUCUCACAUUGCAGCCUUUAAAAGCAUCCAUCAUGGGAGUUAGAGCUCAGCUCAAUGUUCUGCUUCACUGUGUUAUGCUCAGAAAACAUGAAAGUUUGUGUGUAGAUGAAGGCAUGAACUCUGGGCAUAACAUGGUUGAGCCAUUGCUUAAUGGCACCAGGUGACAUUACUGUACUGACUGUCUUGCUAGUGUGAAAUUUGUAAUGAUGUAAUAUUUUCCUUGUACUAGAAUUGCCUAUUUAUUAGGGUUAUUGAAGCAGAGGUCCCAGCAAGGAACUAACCGUUCUCAUGACAACCUCAGUCUCUUGUUUUGGUUUAGUCUGUUUAGUAGCUCCUUAGGGUUGCAUACUGGCUGCAUACAAUGCUACAAUGCAGCUGAAUUAUGCCAGGCUGUUUGUCCUGCUUCAGCCAUUGAAAUAGGCAGCUUGAGGAUGUUGGGGGAUGGGACAGGUUGAAUAAACUUUGCCUAAAUGGUAUCUUAU